AACCUUUCAUACAUUAUGAUUAGAAAUAUUGUGCACCAAUAUAUUUUUGAGCAAUUAAUGCAUUUUAAAGAUGGCAAUCGUUGUUGCCAAAAAUUUUGUGGAUCCUUUCGUUCAACAGAAAGACUUAUUUUUACAGAGUAUGCUUUUAAACUUGGAUACAACUGUCGUCCGUUGCUACACAAUGGGAUUGAAUUCAUCAAAAUAUUUAAAAAGGAUUGCUUGCAUUUUAUGAAUCAGAUACCAGAAUUACGUCUGACCCCACAUACAGAAAAAGAGCUUUUUAUGCUGCAACGCGAAAGUGACUUUAUUGGUAGUCAACUAGAAAUGCAAAUGUCACCGGAAUUUUUCAGCCCAAAUUGUGCAAGGCCCUCCAUUCCACCACAUCGAUUCUCUUUGGGUUUGAAGCAAUCAAUGGCUCGUCAAAAUAUUCGUGGACAACAGUGUUUUCAAGACAAAUGCUCUCUAAAACCAUACAAAAUACAUUUACUUGAAGCCGUGCGCCGUAGUCGGGUGCUGAUAGUGAAUGGUGACUGCAUUUUUGAAAAAUCGACCGGAUUGCCUAUGUAUAUAAUUGAAAAUUGUGCUGAACGCAGAGCUCAUUGUAAAAUAAUUUGUGUGGAGAGAGAGCAAUUAUUGGCAAUUCAUAAUAGUGAAAAGCUUUCGGAAUACUUAGGUGAAAAAGUGGGGAAUACCGUUGCUUUUCAAAUACAUCUGCAGAGUCGAAUCAGCGAAGGAUCAAACCUUAUCUAUACCACUUCAAGUUUCUUGCUACGUGUACUUAUGGGUCAAAGUAUUGUUGAUAGUUUCCGGCAUAUUUCGCAUAUUAUUGUUUGUGAUGUCCAUCGACAUGAAGCAUUUACUGAUUUAUUAUUAUGUGAAUUACGCGCUGCUCUACGUUGCCACGCACAUCUCAAAAUAAUAUUACUUUCCAAUUCUGAGCACAAUUCAGAUUUUUUAGAGUAUUUUGGUGAGGGUGAAGUGUUUCAGUUGGAAUUUCCUUCGGAUUCUGCUUUACAAACAUUUAACGUUUUUCAUAUAGAAGAUAUACAAAGGAUACUAGAAAAAGACCAAUUAAAUAUGAGAACUCAAUUAUCGUAUACGAACUACACAAAUAUGUCGCGAAUGAUUAACGGAAAUUACUUCAAUGUGGACCGUAUACUUGAAAAUUAUGAGCUUACUGGUGCCGAUCAAGUUUUUGAAUCAUUUUUGUAUAUGGUUCAAGGUGAAAAUAUUUCCAUAGAUUAUCGGCACUCUAUAACUGGAAAGACUGCGAUUAUUAUAGCUGCUAAACUUGGAAAUGUCGCACAUAUAAAAAUAUUAUUGGACAGAUUUGCUGAUCCCUGUAUAAUGGAUAAACAAAAUCUUAACGCUUUAUCUAACGCGAUUGCCGGAGGAAAUAUGAAGAGUGUUGAAUUGCUAAGCAGCGUCCCAAAUUUGAAAAACAGAAAUCCAUCAACAUUGGAUUACAGUUUAGUAAUGGAUCUUAUUAAAGUUUUGAUGAUAAGUACGAAAUGGGAACCUGGUAAUAUUGUUAUUAUAGUAGCUGAUUAUGAGCAACUUUUGCGUAUGAAUUAUUGGGUAUUGCGAUGUAAAAUGAUAGGCGAUAUUCCACAACAAGUUGUCUUGUACAUGUUGCAUAACAAUAUUGAAAAGGACCAUUUGGAUAAGGUUAUCGAAGGUACACCCGAAUGUAUAAAUGUCAUAAUUGCCACAGAUAUUAUUGAAAGCGUCAUUCCGAAAUAUCCAUUAAAAUAUAUAAUUGAUUUGGCAAGAACACGACGCACCAAAUAUAAUGCAGAUGCGGCUUGUAAGGAGGUUGCUUAUGACUGGGUAGCUAAAGAAGCGCUUGAAAAUCGUGCACGUUUAACUAGUCGUCAAGGUGAGCGCGUAUUAUGCUUUCGUUUUAUUCCCACUUUUCUGGUCAAAAGUUUGUCUAAUACCUAUACCGCGGAUUUAUUAACAAUGCCGCUGGAUCGAAUUUGUUUAACUGUAAAAUUAUUAUCACCGCAUACAAUGGUUGCGGAAUAUUUGCAAUCAACCAUUUCGAAAGCACCCUUUAUACACAUACACAAUACAGUCGAAAAUUUGAAGAAAAUAUACGUAUUUGAUGAACUAGAAGACGUGACAUGGUUAGGAUGUCGGCUAAUAGAUGUUCCAAUCGAUUGCCAGUUGGGAAAACUACUCGUAUUUGCAAUACUUUUACAAUGCCUGGAUCCCGUACUAACAAUAGUCAGUUUUUUAUCAACUUUUGAUCCAUUGGAAUUGCCCAGCGAGAUAGAUAAUAAAAAUCACGUCGCUUUAGAAGAGGUCCGUGCCAAAGUAAAGGAAGAGCGAAAACGUCUAGCAGAAAGUAUACUUUCGGAUCAUUUAAUAUAUCUACGAUUAUAUCAAGAAUGGCAAAACAAUUUGCGUGACGAUAAUCCAGAAAUGGUGCUUAUAGACGAACAUGAUUAUGUGCUAAAUGGAAUUUUGGAAAAAGUUUGCGACAUACGCACACAUUUAGUGGGCGCAUUACGUUCAUCACAGCUUAUACACAACCAAGGUCAAUUGAGCAUGCAUUAUAUAAAUUUAAAGUCAAAUAGUUGGCCCAUGAUUAAGGCAACGCUUGCGGCUGGUCUUUAUCCUUGUCUUUGCAUCGUCGACACAUUUGAAGGACGUCUUAAAUGCAAUAGAUCUAAGGAGCUUGUCAUACAUCCAGCAUCCAUUCUUCGAGAACUCGCCUUGGAACCGCUAAACUCCAAUGCACGAUCAUUUCCCUCCAACUGGAUUGUGUAUGGAAAUGAAAUUAAUAGUGCUAACCGUAACAGCAUCCGAUGUUGUUCCUUGGUAUCGCCAUUAACUGUUGCUAUGUUUGCAGGUCCACCGAAGAUACAUUCAACAAACGUUUGUCCUCUUAGUAAUUAUGGCAACUAUCAAGGUCCGGGAAAUCAUAUUGCGACUGAUAAAGAAGCUACAAUGUCAAUUUUCUAUAUUGAUGACUGGAUUGAAAUGAAAAUGGAACAUACCACUGCUCAACUGCUCUUUAAAUCACGGCAAUAUUUUUAUAGCGCCUAUAUGAAUUUCUUGCAGAAUUGUGGCAGCCUAGACAAGUGGCGGCGCACCAACACUUUUUUAACUGCAGCAUCGCGUUUGUUUGAUACAUUGGAAAGAGUAUUUGCUAUCGAAGAUCAGAUAUGUGGUUUUAUAAAGCCAUUUAACAUCGGUUUACGUCCUAAGGCAGUACCGAACAAAUUUAUAAAUUCAUUCAACUCCGUUAUAAGUUGGAAUGAGGGAAAAUGUUCAAACUUUGUUCAUACGAUUCAAAAAGACAACGCUUCGAAACGAGCUGACACAAGGAAACAAUACGUUUCGGACGGUCAACGAGAUUAUAAGUUUUCUUGUUUGGAAAAACAAUUUUUUGCUGUUUAUCUAUCGCAUUCAGACUCAGUAUUUCGAAAAUAUCCACAAGAUUGGCUUCGUGAAGCCGUUUCAAAAGUAGUUGAGCCCUGCUUGAAGUGUGACAAACUGACUUUCGUAAUUCUGUACAACAGGAAUCCCGAUCAAUUUUGCAUGGUGGCAGUGGCUACAAAGAUAUUUGGGGCAUUCAGAUUGCAAGAGUACUUUAAAAAUAAAAUACCUAUUAGCGAAGUUUUGAAAAUUUGUUCAAAUCAAAAUAUGUGUGUGCCUUCAUUCCCUGAAAAACGAAAUGCCUUUCAAAUCGAUACAUUAAUUGGCAAAAUAAUUUUAGAUCUAUUUGCUUUUCGAAAUAAUUGGCUAGAUUAUAACUAACAGCUACAUUUCAUUUAAAUGAAAAUGAAGUUCAUAGAUAUUUAAGUUGAAAAUUCGCAAAUUUGGUAUGUAAUCGUAUCUAUAAUUAUCAAUAAUGUAUAUGGUUUAUAGUUGUCAUACUUUUACUUCGGAGAAACAUAUAAUCAACUCGAACAAAUGGAAUAAAGUUUGAAUUUUAAUUUUGAAUAAAUUUACCGCGCA